GAGCGUCAAUAUGUUCUACAUUGCUAUGCAGACUCCUGAUCACUGGUGCCAUGUACCUGGUCGAGAACACACCAACCUGUCACUCGAGGAGUGGAAGAACUUCACUGUUCCCAGGGAAGGAGCCGCAUUCAGCAAGUGCUUGAUGUAUAACCAGAGUGAUGUGAGGGACUUCAGCAACAGGAGGGAACCUGUGAAGUGCCAGCAUAGCUGGGAGUAUGACAACACCUGGUUCUCAUUGACAGCGACAUCACAGAUGAAUUGGGUCUGUGACAACCAGCAGACUGUUAAUACCAUCUUGUUCUACUCGCAGAAUAUUGGAGUGGCAUUAGGCUUACUCUUUGGCUAUGUGGUUCAGAUGACUCUUGCUGCUGACAGGUACGGCCGACGCCCCCAGCAGCUGCUGUGCCUGUCAGCCCACGUGGUCAGCAGGCUGCUGGUCAUGCUCGCUCCGCACGUGCUGCCGCUCUUCAUCCUGGCAGAGUCACUCGUCUCUGGUGCGGCCGGGCCAAUGGAGGAGUCUUUAUUGGCUGUCGGCCUGGAACUUACAGACAUCAAGCACCGCUCUGUUAUCAACCGCUACGCAUCCUGUAGCAUGGCCCUUGGAAUGAUGCUUGCUGGUCUGGUGUCUUGGGCACUGCCCAACUGGAACUAUUUCAUGUCAUUUGCAGCCAUCAGUUGUUUUACCCUGUUCUUCUUCUUCAGAUGGUUUCCGCAGUCUCCGCGCUGGCUGGCAUGCAGGGGUCGCGAGCAGGAGGCACUGGCAGUGCUGCGUGACAUCGCGACCACCAACGGCUCCACUGUGCCUGCAUUUGCCUUGCAGGUUAUCCAGACUGUGGGCAACAGCAAGGCAGACAGGACAGGCUUCCUGAGUAUAUUCUCCAGCUGGAAUGUCUUUAAGAACACCGUGAUCCUCAUCAUCGCCAGUAUAUUCUGCAUAAAAAUGAUUGUGAAAUGCAGUGCUAUAAAAUUUUUAUCAAAUCCUGCUAAACCAUUUAACCUCGAUGAUGUCAUAUUUUUUCUCUGA